AUGGCGCGUCUUGCUAGCCCGCUCACUGUUGUUGAGUAUGCGUUACCCCCGUUCGAACGGCAGACCAAAAGCUACGUCUGCGAGUGUGACAGCUGCAGGAUCUGCGUCGAAUAUCGCUUUCUCCUGCCCAGACUAUUCUUUGGGGGCUUUAUCCUACCCACAUGCUGGAUUCUGAACAUCGCCCUGUUCGUGUACAUGCAAGAAAUUGUUGAGCACGCUGUCAAGUUCCCGCAGCUGGCCCCAGAAGACUUCCCCACGCUGUUCGAGCUUGAAAUGUACCAGAAGCGAGUGCCCAUUGCGCCUGAGAAAAUCCGUCACCAAAGAGCCGCUGAAAACGCAGGCUCUGAAGAGACAAAGCCGGGCCAAGCCCCCGUAACAAACUUAGCCGCAACAGACCCCCUGGGAAAGCUUUUGCUUGAUUCCCGCCUUGAGUUUCUAACUGUUGUCUCGGGGGAUGUGCUAGCGUCGCAUGCCGAAAAUCGCUACUACUUUCAAAGCUGGCUUUGGAGAACUGCCUUCUCGCUGACAGGCUACAUCUUAUUGCUCACUUUCGUGAUAGUGGCGCUUCGCAAGAGUCAGAACCCUUGA